UAAUUUCAGUGUGUGGUGAAUUUAAUCAAAGCUAAUCAAAUAUGGGUACCGAAAAAGCUGGUAAAGACAAUGGGGAAAGACCUUAUCAAGAAAAGGAUGAGAUGAAACUUUGGGGUAUUUUUGUAUUUGCAUUAAUUGGAGCUACUGCCACCACCUUUGCUGUUACACAAUUGCGAAGUACAGUGGAUUUUGUCUACUCUCAGUUGAAGCAUUCAGCACGGAGAAGUCGAGCUGGUGGUUCUUUUAGGACAAGUUUUCAGGAGGAAGCAUGGAAAAGAUAUAAUCGCAGGAUGCGGGAGGAGUAUGAAGAAGAAAUGGAGAGAGUGGAGCGCAUACGCCGUAUGCAAAGUGUUUUCAAUAGGGAGAGAAACAAAUACAAGAGGAGCUAUGAGAGCUGGCAAGAAAAUGGGCAAAGUGCAUAUCAUCAGCACUUUCAAAGGAAUGACUGGUAUUGGAAGGCUGAUACGUCAUUCAGAGACCGGGGAACUAAUUACAGGGAAGCUCCUAGGGCCAAUGCAAGCUACCCAUUGUCACAUGACUACUCGGUUUUGGGUCUUGACAGGUCUAGGACAAAGCCUUACACGGAUGAUGAGAUAAAGUCUGCCUUUAGGGCAAAGGCAAAGCAGUUUCACCCUGAUCAGAAUCAGCAAAAUAAAGAGGCUGCUGAAGCAAAGUUUAAGGAAGUCAUGAAGUCCUAUGAGGCUAUAAAAUCGGAAAGGAAAAAUGGCAUGAACCGAUAAAAAUGCCAUGAAAGUGCCUGCAAAUUUUCUGUAACAUUUUAAGAGGUCAUGUCCACUUGAUGCGUAUGUUAGUCUAGCUAAUCCAAGUGGUCCUUCAGAUGGAUUCCUGGUCGACUGUCGAGCCGUUUGCUUCCAGCCUUGUGCUAGACGACUGGUACACGUAGUCUCCUGACAUUCUUGGCUUCUUAUUGAGGUUUUCAAGAUACGCUUUGAAAUAGGUUCUCGUUUCUUUUUUCUUCAAAAUUCACGAGUAUAAGACUACUUGUACAGCCAAGGAGGUUGUAACUUCCAAGAUUAGUUGCUAUUGUAAUUCCUUUUCCUGGAAGAGCUCAAUUUGUGACAUGGGAUAGCUGAACAUAUAGAUUAACAUUGUAUAUCACACAGGCUUUAGUACAAUGUAAGAUAGCUCAAGAUGUCAAAUAAAGAGAGGAAAGGCUGUAAUCAGCCUAUGAAUUUUGCCUUGUAUUAAAUCUGAGUGGCCAAGGCUGCAUAACUCAUGUAAGUAGUUGAUUAUGUUAUAUCCUUGGUGACUUGGUGGAAAGGAUUUGUAGAAACUUCUUGAAAUUGUUCAUUGUAGUAUCAUAAAUGGUCGAAAUUUAGAGGGAAAAAACCCCAAUUUCUAUGCUAAUUGUUCUGUCAA